GCGGGGAGCUCUCGCGGAUCAGUAGCUCCAUCUUCACGCGGAGCUGGAAGCUGCAGCACGCGCUCGCUCACUCACUUGACUCACUCACUCACUCUCGCGCUCAAGCAGAACACGCGCUCUUUGCUCGCCAGAGUCUGACUGAGAUCUUUGCGCUCGGAGGAAAUUCAGCUUAAUUCAACCAAUUUUUUAAUUUUCAUAACUUACUUGAAUUUAAAGUUCAAUGUUGCCAUUUAUUUUCUACACAAAGAUCUGUGACUUUAUGGUCGUUUAUAUUAUCUGAGGAUUAUUAUCUGAUGUGCGUGUCCUGACGCACAGGCGGACACGCGCAGGUUUAUCAAGAGGCGUGAAGUCACAGUGUUGUUAUUCUUGGUUGGAUAUCGCACUUGCUCAGACACUUUAUCGCUAAAACUAUGUUGUUCAGUGGACGCAUAUGAUGCUGUUUUAUUAGGCUACUGCAAUGGCUUUCCAACGACGUUUCAUCAUGACAGGUAAAUCAAUAUGGUUUCACAUUAAACUGCGGACUUCAUCUUCAUAAGCUUUACCCCAGUGAUUAAACACCACAAUGGAGACAUGGACGUUUAUGCCCAUUUCCAAUCUGUCCCUCUCCGAGCCCCUUCUCAAUAACAGUUUCUCCCCAGGAAAUGAAUCCGACUUCGGUCUGGAAAUGUACCCCCACAAUGGAUCUCACCCUGACUUUGACCCAAACAGUUCAGUAGUCAUCACGUUUGUCUAUUUUGUAGUAUGCGCCGUCGGGCUCUGCGGCAAUGCCCUGGUUAUUUAUGUCAUCCUGCGCUACGCCAAGAUGAAGACCGUCACCAACAUAUAUAUAUUAAAUUUGGCUGUAGCAGAUGUACUGUGCAUGCUGAGCCUGCCCUUUAUUGCCAUUCAACUAGCACUGCUCCAUUGGCCCUUCGGGUCCGCUAUCUGCCGUGUCAUUCUGACCGUGGACUCCAUGAACCAGUUUACCAGUAUAUUCCUUCUAACUGUCAUGAGCUUCGAUCGGUACCUGGCCGUGGUGCAUCCCAUAAAAUCCACCAAGUGGCGAAAGCCACGUGUGGCCAAGGCUAUAAGCCUGGCGAUGUGGGGGGUGUCUCUGCUGGUCAACCUACCGAUUAUGAUCUACAGCGGCGUGAACACUAAAAGGAACGAGGGGCAGACGUGCACCAUGUUGUGGCCGGAGCCGCAGAACACCUACUACACCGCUUUCAUCUUCUAUACGUUUUUCUUGGGCUUUUUCCUGCCCCUGAUAAUCAUCUGCAUGUGCUACCUGCUUAUAGUCAUCAAGGUGAAGUCUUCGGGCAUGCGGGUGGGUUCCACCAAAAGAAAGCGGUCUGAGCGGAAAGUCACGCGCAUGGUGUCUAUAGUGGUCGUGGUGUUUGUGCUCUGCUGGUUACCGUUCUAUGUCUUCAACGUGACCUCUGUGACCGGAACCGUGCCGUCUACACCCGUGCUAAAGAGCACUUUUGACUUCGUGGUGGUUCUGGGUUACGCGAACAGCUGCGCCAAUCCGAUCCUCUACGCUUUUCUGUCGGACAACUUUAAGAAGAGUUUCCAAAACGUCCUGUGUCUGAAAAGAGUCAGUGGCUUGGACGAGAUCGAUCGCAGCGACAGUCGACAGGACAGGACACGAAUGGUCAACGACAUCAUGUCGGAGACGCAUAACGCCGCGCUGCUCAAUGGAGACCUUCAGACCAGCAUCUGAGGAUGUUAUGUUGUUUUAGGAGACUUUGGCCUGAAAGUUGUUGCUGGGAUGUGCAAUGUUAAAUGUUUCCCUUAAAGGGGUAAUUCACCUCAAAAUGAAAAUUUGCGCAUGUUUUACUCAAGUCAUCCGAGCUGUAUCCUCUUUUCAGCUUUAUAAUGGCACUGGAUAGUGCCCCAUUUUUAAAGCUUCAAAAAAGCACAUCUAUCCAUCACCCAUAGGUUAUUAAAUGUUUUCUAAUGUGAAGCAAUGGGUUGUUGUAAUGUUGGGUCAAAGGUCAGGCUUCCACCCGACCUCAACUCUUUCAUGUACACAUGGACAUAGUUUAUAAAGUUUGAAAUGCUUUCUUACAAAAGCCCAUCGUUUCACUUCCUUCAGAAGACAUUUAUGGAUUAGUUUUUGAUAGAUGGAUGCGCUUUUCAGUGCUUUAAAAUUGGGGCACUAUCCGAUGCCAUUAUAAGCUGAAAAGAACCAAAAGAAAGAGUUUGGCUAAAAGAAAGUCAUAAACACCUAGGAUGGCUUAAAGGUGCAGUGUGUAACUUUUAUAAGGAUCUUUUGACAGAAAUGCAAUAUAAAAUACAUAACUAUAUUUUCCUCACGUUCAUAAUGAAUCGUUAUGUUUUUAUUACCUUAGAAUGAGAUGUUUUUAUCUACAUACACCGAGGGUCCCCUUACAUGGAAGUCGCCAUUUUGUGCCGCCAUGUUGCCCUUAACGGACAAACUUUUUUUUACCAAGUUGUCUCCGAAGAUGACAUGUUUGUCUGGUGUCAGCUACCGUAGCUUCUCUAUGCGUUUCGGUAAACGGUGGACUGAAACGUUGGGUGAAAUUCGUAACCUAACCACUAGAUGCCACUAAAAUUUACACACUGCACCUUUAGGGAUGAGUAAAAUAUAGACUAAUUUUCAUUUUGGUUGAACUAUUCUUUUAAGCAGUCCCUAUAUGUGUUUGACUGCCUGCUAUGAAAAAAAAGUAUUUAAGUGCGCUGUUUAAAGGAAAGAUUUAGUAUUCAAGAACAAUGAUAAAACAUUACUUAUGUAAUUUAUUAACAUUUUAGUAUACUGUACCAUUCACUUGACCAGCGACUACUUUUCGAAGCACAUUUCUUCUGGGUGUCCCAAAACAAAUUCCUUCAGGACAGCUUAUUCUGACUGUUCUUGUGUAUUUAAGCGAUGAUGAGCAUGUGAUUUACUGUAAAUAACUGUAGUUGUUGUCACUGUCUGAAAAGAUGCUGUUGUGUUGCUGUGUUUUGUUCACUUCAGUGCCAAAAGCGUUUGUUAGUUAGAUACUGCUAAUUUAAGAUCGUUGUCCUCAUCAUGUAAACAUCAUUUCACUUCCUCAAGCUCACAAUGGAACUACAAGGCCAAUUAGAGAAUGCUUAUUAAAGGCUUUUUAUCAUUCAGGGCCUUUCAAUGAUGGUUACAGCAAAAUGGCAGAAUACUGAAUAUUCAAAUUAGAUGUUAAUGAAUAUAAAACUGUUACCAAAAUCUUAAAAGAAAUCAUAUCUACCGGUAGUCGUUUUAUAGUUUAUUUAUUUGUUGUUGUUGUUUAUAAUAUCUUACCAAAAUGGUUGAUUUUUUUGUUUGUUUGUUUAAAUGUAUAGUCCCUCUGGUUCCCAGUGGGCUUUUCUUUUGUAGAGGAAAUUUACAUAGAGAUGAGGAAGGAAAUGUAGGAGAUGAUAGUUCACCUCUGUCAUUGUUUACCUACCCUCAAGUUCAUCUAAACCUGUAUAAACAUCUGUGUUCUGUAGAACAUAAAUUAAGGUAAAAUGUUAAUCAAACAGAUCUGGGGCACCAUAUACUAUUUUUCCUACGGUGAAAGUCAAUGGUGCCCCAGAUCUGCUUGGAUACAAACAUUCUCAAAAUAUCUUCAUUUGUGUUCAGCAGAACAAAGAAAUAUAUACAAGUUUGAAUCAACUUUACAAUGACAGAAUUUUUAUUUUUGGGUGAGCUAUUUAUUAAAGCUCUGUUGCAAAACCUACACUGUAAAUCAUUUCUGUAAAAAUUACAGUGUUACUGGGUAUUACUGGCAACUAGCUGCCAGUAACUUACUGUAGAUUUUACAUUUAUGGUAUUUACUGGCAACAGUUUGUUCAAAGUUAAAUAAACAUGAAACAUUUUCAGUCUUUAUCUUCUACAGUAAGUUACUGGCAACCAGCUGCAAAAUUACAGCACAUUUUUUACAGUGUACUACUAUAUUCUGCCCAGAAAACAUUGAUAUUAAUUUCUUGUACCCAUGUACAUUCACUCACCUAGUUUUCACCAUUUCUAGCACUGUAAAGAAUGUCUGUAGAAAUUACAGUAUUUCUGGGUAUUACUGGCAACUAGCUGCCAGUAACUUACUGUAGAUUUUACAUUUAUGUUAUUUACUGGCAACAGUUUGUUCAAAGUUAAAUGAACAUGAAACAUUUUCAGUCUUUAUCUUCUACAGUAAGUUACUGGCAACCAGCUGCAUAAUUACAGCAAAUUUUUUACAGUGAUAUAAAACAUUGCAUGUGUCCAUCACAGAAAUGCCAAUUCAAAAUGAUGGAUGAGUCAAAAGAAAUGGUUAUAUUACAUUUAACACUGAAAGUUAUGAUGAUAGUUUCACAGUAUUGCAUUGUUAAUGUAGCAACAUGAUAAUGUCAGUCUAUAUAGGAAUUAAUGGUGAGUUGACAGCUAUGUUUUCGUGUAGGAGGCUUUCUUAAAAACAAUACAUUGUAUUAGGUUUUGCAACAGAUUAAUUAUGAUUGUUCUCUGACUUGCACUGUAAACGUGGAAAGUUAAAAAAAAUCUUCAAUUGGUAACACCUAAAAAAAGUUAUGUUUUCUCAACUUAAAUCUUUAAUUUAAACAUAUACCAAUUGAAGUCAUUUUUUAAGUUGAUCUAACUUUUUACAGUGUGAAUAAAGUAUUAUAGGGCUUUUUAUAAAGGGUGUUUUGUUAGAUUUUUAUAAAUGCAUAAAUCAUAUUUGGUUAUUGCCGCUGCAUACUUAAUGAAGUAAUUGAAAGUGCAUUAACAGUCACUUACCAGCGAAUGACAAGCAUGCAAACAAAUUUCAUGCCUUCCUGUUGUCACCCGACUGACAGAAAUAAGCUUCAAGUUGGCAACAUUUACUGAUUCUGUGAAAAGUAUUAAAACCCACUGUAAAAAAAAAUGCAGGAUGAAGUUAAACAAUUUGGUUUUGGAAGUCAAUUCAACCUACCCUUUUAAGUUUUGACCUGUGCUAACUUAUUUGACAUAACACUUUUUUACAGUGUAAUCCGAAUUAAGACUGUAAUUCUUUGUGUCAAAAUGUUAAAUAUACCUCAUUGUGAAACAACAUAAGAUGCACAACCUUAAUUCAUCAUUAUGAUUAUGUCACAAAAACCAAACUGUCUAUAUGCUGAACAUCUAAAUAUACUGUAUAUUCAUUGAUAACUACUGAACUAUUAUAUAGAGGCUGAUAAAAUGACACUGAAAGUGCCUUAAUUAAUAAUCACUUGAAAAGACACAUCGAAUGAGAAAUGUCCUGCAUUCACGUAUAGAGCUUUACCUAUCCAACCUGAAUGUACAGAUAAGUCAUCUUUAAGUAUAUUCUUGUCCAAAACCCCUCUUCACAGAUUUAUCAUUCACAGAAUAGCAUAAUGUGUAAAUAAUAUAUUUUCAACUCUUAUAAAAGGGGUUAGAAACGUUUGAACAUUUGUGAAGGGCUAAACCAGUUAUAUCUUAUUUGUCUGUAUAACUUGUGUAAUCUGUGGGCCUGGUGGUUGUCUAUAAGUUAAUGAUCUGUUAUGAUGCAAGUGAUGCUGCGUGAAUGAGUUCAUGUCUGAAGUUUUUUGUAGGUUCGACAAGCAUGUUAUGAAACUGUCAAUUUGAACAAGUAGUUUUUAUCUUGAGUUAAGUUCAACGUGCCUUUAACCGUUUGUGUUAGUGUACAGCACUUUUGAGUUCUCAUGUUGACUCAUAUAGGUUUUUUCAAGUCUCAUAGAUGUGUGAUUACAAUAAAGUAUUACUAUUU